AUGAAUAGAUUACUUUUAAAUUGUACUGAUAUUGAGGCGCGGGACGCAGAGGUGAGCGGUCGCGUGCGCACGUCGUUCAGAAAGGCUUUUACUAUGGCAUCUAAACGUAGAUGGAUUAAAUCGGUGAACAUUGCAGAUGAUUUAGCCUCAGAUAUCAUAAACGAUUGGCUGCAAGAAGAUGAUUUACUGGGCGAAGAUGAAGAGAUUGGCGAUGGCGGCGGCUAUGCAGCUGAAUGUAUUCGUGAGCCACAUUCCGAUGACGAGGACGUCGAUUAUAUUGUGAGUGAUCACGACACCGAUUCCGAAUGCUCCGAGACUGAAGAACAGGAUAGUAACUUGGACAACUUACCUUCAUCAUCAGAUAUGUACGAAUUAUUGUGUUUGCUAGAAGUUUAA